AAGAUAACCCCGCCUCCUCCGGUCAUGUGACCUGUUGGAUUGUUUGGGGCCGCGCGCCUUUCUCUGUUGGCGGGUCUCCGUGGACAGUCAGUCAACAGCUGCAGGAACCAGGAGACACACUCACCUCAACCGCUCUCUGCUGAUCUUUUCACAAAAUGUCUGACUGGAAGAGAGAAAACAGACAUGAAGCCGACGACAGGGAGCAUGGAAACAGGUGAGUUUCUUCUUCAUCUGUAAGUUUCACUUUCUCUGAAAACGGACCAUUUAGGUUUCAGUGUCUUUAAACACUAACCUUCUUAUAAUCCCUCAUAUUCACAGUCCGAUUGCUGCUCUGUAAUGUUGAGAAGAAAAGGUGAAAGCCGAUAGUUUAGCUGAGAUGUUGUUUUUUGGAGGCAGUUUGGCUAUUAACGGCGCUAAAAUGAAGUAGCUGCCAACACAAUCAGCAACAAGCUAGCUCAAAUUUAAACACCACUUCGGCUUAAUAAUAGCGUCGUAUGUUCAGAUUCCUGUCUUUAAUUAACUAAAAUAAUUGAUAUAGGUUGAAAAAAGGUUUUAAUUUAAUUGGUUAUUAGCUGUACUGUAGGGUCAGAGAGAUAAUGGAUGUAACGUCUGAAUGAGCGGAAGUGUGUCAAACAUGGCGGGAGUUUACCGAGUUUAAAGAGACGGUUUCCUCUCCUUUCAGGUUUUAAAAGACUUUUAUUCAGUUAAAAACACCGGACGUCAAUAAAAACCGAAGCUUAAGCUUCACACAGUUUGUUUUCUGUUUGAGUAAUAAGAUAAGAUAUGCUUAAACGAAAUUUACUUGUUACAGCAGCUCAGAGUAAGCUAUGCACAAAAGAGAAACCCGAGCAAAGCUGUUAUGGGAUGUUUCAGUACAUGUUUACCAGCACAACUACAACUGAAUGUAAAGAAAUGAAGUAACAUAAAUGAGCCCGAAAUUGAUCAUAAACUACUUGUAUAAUCAGAGUUAUACUAAUACUACUGAUAUGCUUAAACGUUAUACACUGCGAUAAAUACAAUAUGACAUGAUUCAAACUCAUGUAAACAUGCAAAUAAUCAUGACCUGAAAAGUGUGUUAAGCCAAUGCCUCAACUAACAUCUUAAGUUUUUUGUGUUGGCAAUUAAGGGUCCAAAACAUGUAGCUACAAUGGACCAUUUGUCAUUUCAAAUUGAGAAAUAUUAGUAACUCACAUGUGUAGCUGAAUGCAACAGUAGUAAAGCUUUGUAUUUAGUGAUUUUGAAUAACUAUUGAGUUUUUUGUGUGUCUGCUCUUCAACCUAAUUUUGUACACAAUACAUGGGUAGAGCUGUAAAAAACUUCAUAUUGCUGCUUGUCUGUAAAUAUUUGACCAUGUCCUCUGUGUCUGUUCUGUAGGAGCCACAGUGCGUCUCGAUGGUCUCACUGCAGAAAGAGAGGGGUUGAUGGAAGUCUGAGGACCAAGAGGGACACAGAGAACAGCGAGAAAGGACACAAUAAUUACAAACCUGAUAACAGACACGACAGGUAAGCAUGUAAACCUGCAUUACACACCUAUCUUCAGCGACAUGAAGUGCAUACCAGAGUGUGUUCACCUGCCGUGUUUGCUCUUCAGUUUCACGACUCCAGAGGGUGCCGGCCCCGUGUCCCGCUGUGGACGGCAGACAGACUGGGGUAGUCAGGUAGAAGAGGAGGAACAGCUGAGGAAGAACGUACACAGAGACAUGCAGCGGUAACUAAACUCUUCUCCUGUCUCUCUGCUUUUAUCUCUGAUCUGUCUAAAGGCUGCUCCUUAUUCACUGAUGGUGUGUUCAGUUACAGGAGGAGGAUACUAGGAGGAGACGCCACUCAGAGGGAGAGACGGGCAUCGUCCGGCUCCUCUGAAAGGUAGGAUACGAUCUCUCACACUGUUUCUUUUAAAAAGGUGUUAUUAAAACAAAUUAAACACACUCUGAGCAAUACUUUUUCUUUGUCUGUUUUUAGCUGUGACUCCAGAGAGGGAGACAACAUUGAGACUGAUGAGGAGGUGUUGCUACGGCGACAGAAACAGAUAAACUACGGCAAGAACACGCUGGCCUACGACCGCUAUAUCAAAGAAGUUCCCAAGUAGGUCCUCCCCCACUUGCACACACUUAUGCAUGUUUGCUACAUGAAACAUUCAGUGUAUAGUAAUUUUCUCUCAGAGCAGGUUAAUAUGCUAAUGAAAUGAGUCGUAAUAAUCAGGUUUUGUUGGAUGCACAAAGAUAAAGCCCCUCUGUGUCUUUGUUUUUCUGCAGGCACAUGCGUCAGCCUGGUGUUCACCCAAAGACUCCCAACAAGUUCAGAAAGUACAGCCGGCGCUCGUGGGACCAGCAGAUCAAACUGUGGAAGGUGAAACUGCAUGCCUGGGACCCCCCUGCAGAGGAAGGGGGUCCUGAAAAAACUUUAGAGGACAGGUAAGUGGACAUGAGUCUUUAAGAGGAGGGUAAUUUCUAGAUGGUUUAAUCAGUCGUUUGUUCAACUUCAUACGCUGUUUUGUCUGUCCCUGUAGAGACGAGCUUGGUCUGGAUGAUGUCAUGGAUAUCGAGCUGGACUUCCCCUCCCUGCCAAACACUCAGAAUGUACCUGUCCUGCUCAGCACUAACAAUCCGUCACUGGAGGUCAGUUUGACUCUCACUCUGCUGAAAUUUUGAGAAACAGCUAACACAAAGUCAGAACCUGUGUAGUUCCUUUUGAAGAAACUCUGUUAAAUGUCUUCAUGUUGACUCCCAGGCUGAUGAGAUUCAUCGUGUUCAGAAUUUCAGAUCUAAUUUAUAACACAGCUGGAAACAAGGACUGGAGGGUGUAAUAGUCUCUGCUCAGUAAGAUUUCAAUAUUAAGAUUUUGUUAGUCAUAGUAGGGGGCAGAGAUGGCCCAGAGGUCUGACUUUCAUUUCUUUCUGUGGCCCCUUUCUUGCCUGUCAUUACUGCACUCUGCCCUGUUUCUCUAUUUCUUGAUAACAAGGCCAACAAAGACCGAAUGACUAGUAUCGUCAAAGACUUUACUAUGAUCUUAAAUAAAGGUUUGGAUUUUUUUCAUGAAUUGUACAAGGUCUUUUUGGCUAAUUUGCAGUUUUUUAGUCAGAUUUAAGCCUUUUCGUCUUCUAUUACCUGCUUCAUAGUCAAGCCUGGUACCAACUGCAACAAAAGCAUAUAUAGGCCUUAGAUCAGUGGUUCUCAAGUCCAGUCCUCGAGGCCCACUGUCCUGCAUGUUUUGGAUGUUUCCCUGCUCCAACACACCUGCUUCAAAUGAUCAGCUCGUUAUUAAGCCAUUAUAGAGCUUGAUAACGAGCUGAUCAUUUGAAUCAGGUGUGUUGGAGCAGGGAAACAUGCAGGACAGUGGGCCUUGAGGACUGGACUUGAGAACCACUGGCUUAGAUGAUAUGAACAGAAUAGGUGACAUGUUUCAUAGUCAGUGAUAGUUAAAGAAAUCAUCCAGUAGUAAGAGCAUCUUAGUCAAACUGAAGCUGUGAAGAAAAUAAACACGUGCUGUUUGUUUAUUCCCUGUGUUUUGACAUGAUCUCAUAAAUCUGUGCUGCUGUUACUUGAUUCAAACUUUGAUCAGUAAUUGCUGAUGAUGCUGAUGAAAUGAUGGUUUCAGUUUUCAUCAUUUGUUUGUUUUCUCCUCAUCAGGAUGACGACUGUAUGGGAACUCCAGUUAAACUCCAGAAGACAGAGACCCCAGCAGCUCCUGACAUGUCGUAGCUCUUCGUCAACAAAAUAAUACCCUGCUUCAUUUUUUAACCCCGCUCACAGCCCUCUGCUACACGUAAUGCACCUCUUCAGAGCAGUGCUGGGACCAAUUCUCAGCUGAUGGUUUUUCUCUCUUCUUUAAUUCAAGGCUUCCUAAUGCUUGGAUUUUUUUACAGAUAAAUAAUCUGCUCAGGGAGUUUUUUUCACAGUCGGGUCACUUGUUUUCUUUUAAGCACUGCAGAUGUACAGUUCGUAAUGUUUUCAUGUUUCAUCUCAAUCUCACACACAGUUCAAAUAAACUGUCAGGACUCAGAGUCCCAUCAACAGUUUGAUGGAGAUGGACAAACUGUUUUUACUUGAAAUAAUCAGACGGGAUGUGUUAUUUUUGGAUAGUGAACAUUUUAUAACCGCAGAGUGUUUUCCCUUCAGCCUUAGCUGUGGUUUGUUUCACUUUGGUUGUUUUUGACUUCAGAUGUUGCUGUUUUUUAUUGCUGUUUUCUUUAUGGUGAAGAUUUGAAAUAAAAAAAAAGAAAAUUUCA